AGGGAGGAACAUGUCAAAGUGAUAUUCUGCCUGGUUUCUGAAUAAACUAUGCACACACAGGAAGAAAGCAUUCAUAAUUCAUCAGACCAGGAUGUUUUCUUCCCUUGUUCUGUGAUCCAGGUCAGAUGGUCACGUCUUCACGGCCUAUGUGCAUCAGUGAACCUUGGCCAACCACUUUCCUGUUCCUGGUUCAUAAUUGUUCUUCACUUCUUCACUUGGUUCACUAUUUAACAAAUAGAGGCCGCUGCAGACUGGAGACAUGUCACCAAAGCUAUAAUUUUGGAUAUGCUUUGACCCAGUCGUCAAUUUGGCCCUUGUUAAACUCAUGUCAAUCGUUGCCCUUUUUUCCUGGCUAACUUUGAGGACAUAAUGUUAACUUGAUUUCUAAUAUUUCCCAGCUAUUACCAGGAAUUAUCAGCGUUAUUCACAUAACCUGUCAGAAUCCAUAAUGUUGUAUUCCAACAGACAUAUUGUUACCUUUCUAAAAUAAUGUCCUAAGUCAUUUUCUUUGCCAAAAGUGAUCUUGGCAAAAAUAAAAAAUAAAAAAAAUAAAUCACCAUGUCUUUCUUUCCAAAAUUACGUUUGGAAAACAUGAACUAGGCCAUUAUAUUAAACUAUGUGCAACUUCAUCAUCACAUUUAUACAGCUCACAACCUAACACCAAAUAUUAAUAAACGUCUGAGGAAGAAAUGAUUCCAAAAUACUCCUCAAAAAAAUGGCAUAAAACCAAAACAUUUUGGUUUUCUUUAAAUUUUGCUAUUGUUGUAUUGUUUUAUAUUUUCACUUUCUAAAUAUAACAGUUUUUAAAAAAAAUUUAUCAGUAAUGUCUUUUUGUAGGUGAUACACCCGUUUUAACAGAUUUGAGCAUCAAAAAUCGAAGUUAAGAGAAGGAAAGAAAAUCAUGCAAAACAGUGCCACCUUCUGGCGAAGCGGGAACGACGCAUCCUCGUAGGAACUCUGGGCCGCCUCACUCUGAUGAAAAUGUGGAGACCGGAUCUUGAAAAUCAGUAAUGUCACCAUGCGCUAAUCCGAAGCCCAGACUUAAAAGGGGAUGUGUGGGACACGCAGUGGGUAGAGUUUGAAAAUAAAGUCCAGCUAAAAUAUGCAUGCAGUCUGGAUAUUCCUCCUAUUCACCAAAGAGGGAUUUUCUCUUGCACAGAAGAUUAAAGAUGGAGGWGCAGGACCUAAAGGAAGCAGACUCCCUGAGCAGUCGAGGAACAACCGUCACUGUGGGACCUGGGUUCGGAAAUCAGAUGGUGGAAGCUUCARCUCCCCGAACUACCCAAAUACGUACCCUCCGAACAAGGAGUGCCUUUAUGUACUGGAAGCCCUGCCCCGUCAGAGGGUCGAGCUUCAGUUCAGCAAGAUCUUCCAAAUCGAAGCGUCUUUUGAGUGUCGGUUCGACCACAUCGAGGUGAGGGACGGUCCCUUCAGCUUCUCAACGCUCAUCAAUCGUUACUGCGGCACAGCCAAUCCCGGCCGGAUCCUCUCCAGCGGACGCUUCAUGUGGAUCCGGUUCUUCAGUGAUGAUGAGCUUGAGGGGAAAGGAUUCCAGGUCCAGUAUACGUUUACUGCAGAUCCUGAAUUUCAUCUCCAUGUAGGAGGACUUUUAAACCCCAUCCCAGAUUGUCAGUUUGAGCUAACUGGGUUUGACGGCGUGAUCCGCUCCCACCAGGUUGAGGAGGAGAACAAAGUGAUGCCGGACCAGGCAGUGGACUGCAUCUGGACCGUACAAGCCCCAAUGAAGAGCAGAAUUUACCUGAAAUUCUUGGAAUAUCAGAUGGAAAACUCUAAUGAAUGUAAGAAGAAUUUUGUGGCUGUUUAUGAUGGCAGUAGUGCCAUUGAGGACCUCAAGGCCAAGUUUUGUAGUACAGUUGCUAAUGACAUCAUGCUGGAGACUGGUUUCGGAGUGGUGAGGAUGUGGGCGGAUGAGACAAGCCGUCUAAGCCGCUUCAAGAUGCUGUUCACAGUUUUCUCUGACCCUCCCUGUAUUGGCGGUGCGUUCUUUUGCCACAGCAACAUGUGCAUCAACAACUCUCUGGUGUGCAACGGCGUACAAAACUGUGUCUUCCCCUGGGAUGAAAACAACUGCCAAGAGAAAAAGAACAAAGUUGCUUUCCUUCAGAUCACAAAGACUCAGGGAACAAUCAUCUGCAUUUCCACCGGAGUAGUGAUGUUACUCCUAAUUUUCUCCAUAAUGGUGCAAGUCAAGCAACCACGAAAAAAGGUAGUGAUACGUAAGAAAAAACUGUUCCAACAUCCUCACCUCCAGAAGAUGUUUGACCCCCAGCACUACGAGCUGUUUUCUAUCAAAGACAAGGAGAUGUCUGGAGACUUGAGGGAUCUUUCAGAGGAACUUCUGUCCCUCCAGGCUCUAAGGAGAUCUUCGUCGGGCUCUCGUUGCGUUCACGAACAUCACUGCGGUUCACAGGGAUCUAUCAAUUCCCUCAAACUCGGCCACAGUUCAAAUGUCUUGGGCAAGACGCCCUUGGAGCUCCCCCCAUUCAGAAGGGACAGUCAGACCGCUGCGCCGCCUUUCAGGGACAUAAACAACAGUUUGCGGAAGAAGAGCUGGCCCAGUUUAAAACAGAGCCGAAUGCAGAGCCACCCUGCUAUCAGGGAUCGAGUGCUGUGGCAGCAGGACAGAGUUAUGGAAGAAGACGACGAGGAAGAGGAGGAAGAGGGGAGGUAUGAUCUCUAUGUCAGAAGAGCAGGAAGCCGAAGGGGAAAAUAUGACAUGGCUCAGCAAAGAUCUCAUUCCAUGGACUUUUAACAUGAGAAACAUCACAAAUUACAGGGAUUUAGAGACAGUUUUGUGCUCAUGUGAAUAAAACAUAAAGAUAAAAGCAGAUUCA